GGAACAAAGUUGUAAUAUGAUCUCCCCGCCUCCUGCAGGUUAUUUGUAAGCAGGUAGACGCAGGAGUUCAGAGUAGAACGCUUUUUGGUCUGUCGUGGGGAUAAUUUUGGAAGUAGUUGUGAAAAUGAAUCCCUCUUUCUGGACCUUCCUGCUGGCAUGCAUUUGCUUCCCGGCGAUCGGAAAUGCGAAACUGCAACUGGCUAUUAAGGAACCCUCCGGACCAAUCGUGGAAGGGAAUGAUGUAAUUUUGCAGUGUUUAGACGAUGGGCAAGACAUGUCUCAUGUCAAAUUCCAGAUGUAUCACAAGUGGUUGCGGUCCUGGUUAACUAUCGAUACUACUACUUCCUUCCGUUGCUGGUACUACAGUUUUAACGUCAGCAGAGUUAAUGGGGAACUUCUGCUUCGGGUGAAGCAGAUGUACAAAUGGCAUGCAGGUCCAUACCGAUGUGUUUCCAAUGGAACUGAUGGACAGGGCGCCUCUGAGAAUGUGACUGUCCCUCUUCAGUAUCUCAACCAACUAGCCAUCUCUGAACCCGGGAGUGUCUUUAGCCGUUACAUGAGAGACCCACGAGUUGUGAGGGUGAUGCGAGGAAAGGAUGUUGAGGUCAAAUGUUGUGCGAGCUCUUCUGAGCCCCCAGUGUUCCAGUGGAAGAGGAAGGGCAAUGAGUGGGUUUACCCAAACAGCAACUUAAAGAUUGUGAAGAUCACCCCAGAACAAGGUGGACUAUACACUUGCAAAGCUACUCACCCUUCAAUCCCGAGUUUGACCCAGUCUAAAUCGAUUCUGAUUGAGGUUGUGGAAGAACCACUGAGCUCACUACAACUGAGUGACAUGAACCUGAUUUUAGCGAUAGCCAUUCCAACUGGAGUCCUCCUCUUGGUGAUCAUUGGCAUCGUGGCUUACAGGUGCAAAGCAAAGAGGAAUGAGAAAGGAAUGAAGCCUCUGGAUAACCAGGCCGUCAAGACCCCUAUCUGGAAGGGGAGUGACUCAUCCAUUCCCAGCUGUGUGACCGAUUCCGUUCCUCUGGUCAUGUGAACCAUACACCAGGAAGGAAGCCUUUGAGAAGGAGGUGGGAUGGCCACAAUGCUGAUCGAGCUGAGCAAUUUAAAACUCUUCAUCUCUUAUCUGCUUUUGCCUCACAACCAUGGAGGGAGGGAAAUGUUUAAAUUUAAUGAAUUGCUCAAUCACAAUUAUUUUUAUCAGGGCUGCAGUGUCCUUUCCUGUGAAAUGUGCUGGCAAAGGAGACAGUGUUGCAGAUUUGUCUUUUAAUUCAAGGCAGUGAGGAAUCCUCGUAAGACAUUUGAGGCUAUUUUGUUGGAAAGUUGGGAGCGUGCUUUCGGGACAAAAUUGUCCAGAAGCCUCCCAUCUGUUAUUUCACCUUGUGGGCAACAGGUGGCGCCACUCUAGAGUAUGGGGAGCCAUCUGUUGGUAGUGAUGAAGUACUGCGCCUCACCCUUUGCAAAUUCACUGAACACCUAUACAGACAUUUCAAAUAAACCUGUUACUGAAAUUGACAUGUUUCUGGGGAUCCCUGGCAAAUAUUGACACAUUCCAGGGGAACUUCUGUCUUAACUGGAAUUGCUGCCAGGACAUUCUGCACCACCCCCCGCCGUCCCAAAUGAUCUAAACUUCAAAUAGAAUCAAAGCCAUAAUUUAUGACUGUAGAAAUGCUGGUGACUUUUCACUCCAGUGCUAAAGCCUUUGAACGCUGACUCCCUGCAUGGUUGCUGCAAGUCUUUGCAUUUAUAUAUUUCUGAAAUUAAUUUUCUUGAUUUUUGUUAGUCUCUCAGAUUAUAAUCAUUCACUUUGCACUUUCGACAAUAGUUGCAGAUGUCAUAGAAAUAUUUAAGUCGUGCUGAUUUUCUUUCAGUUGAUAUUUAGAGUUGAGUUUUCCUGUAUCAACAUUUCUAUUCAAUUUAUUGCACACUUGCUUUCUGUUGUGAUAGUUAUGAGGGCAAUUUAUAUUUCCUGUAAGUGGUUUUUUUGUUGUAGCCUGCUCACAGAAGUAGCACUUUAGAGCUUGUGAUGAGCAAUCUGCAUGAGAUAGUAGCAGUGAUUGAUCAAAGUAGCGCCUCCUCCUGGCAGAAGGGCACUGCUGCAGUGGAGUUUUGUUUUAAAUGGGUUUGCUCCUGCUCACUCUCUCAUUUCCUUCUCUUGGUUCUGUCACCCGCGACAAACAGGCACCAAAGAUAUUUGUGAUCAGGGAUAAUAGGAAUUGCAGAUGCUGGAGAAUCCAAGAUAACAAAGUGUGAAGCUGGAUGAACACAGCAGGCCAAGCAGCAUCUCAGGAGCACAAAAGCUGAUGUUUCGGGCCUAGACCCUUCAUCAGAGAGAAGGGUCUAGGCCCGAAACGUCAGCUUUUGUGCUCCUAAGAUGCUGCUGCUGUUCAUCCAGCCUCACACUUUGUUACCUAAGAUAUUUGUGUCAGAAAAGAUUCAGAUUGAGGAUGAGCAGAGGAGUCAAAAUUGUCAGUAAAAGCCGUGAAAAUCUUCUUCAACUUUUACUUUAGAAAAGCAUUGGCACCUGUAAAGACCCUACCUCGCAUUUAAGCCAAGCCUCAGGGUAUAGCAUAAAGAUGACUGCACUCCGAUGUCCCUUUCUAAUGAUGGAAAUAUUCCCUCUUUACCCGAUCUGGGAAUAUAGUUGACUCCACUCCAGUCUCUAGUGCAAAAAACGUCUGGUCCUCUGCUGCACUGCGUUGGAGUCUUAACUCAAAAUUCCUGAGAAUAGAGACUGUCCGAGAUUGCACUAUUUCACUCGCCCUCUUCCCAGCUGCGCCUGCACAGCAGUGGAAUUUUGCUUUUGAGUUUGUGCUUUAGCUUCAAUUUAAACCUUGCAUUCCUGAAAGUUCACCCCCACACCUCCCUUCAUUUUGAAAGUUCCCCUUGAGAUGGUUUCCUUCAUGGUGGCAUGUCCAAAGCCUGACAACUCAGUCAAAAAAAUGCACUCGUCUACAGUACCCCCACCCCCCCCCCCCCCCACCCCCCUGCCAAAAAGCAAGUCCUCUGAGUUUUUUUUUCAUGAAUCUCUUCAAUCCCUCUAGGGCCUGACCCUCCUGUCCCUGGAACACUGUCUCCCUAGUUGAUUCAAUCGAACCCCCACCCCCAAACCACCCCUGACCCCGGUAACCUUCCCUGCUCCAAAGGGAACAAUCCCGGCCUAAGUCCGUGAACACCCUCAUCCCAAAUGUGUAAGCCACGUCUCUGUUUUUGAGAUGCACACACAACUCAGCUGGAUAUUUUUUACAGGGUUAGAAGUUUUGUGCCUGUUUCUGUGGAUCGCAGAUUAUUUAAUUAGCUAAUUCUGACAGGAAAAUGAUUUCCAACAGUGAAAAGACAUUGUAUUUCAAUACAAAUGGCCUGUAGUGUUUUUCUCUGCCCCUGUUUGUAUGGGCAGGAACAGUGGUAGGUGUAUGGGCAACAGUAAUUUCAGCUCUGAAUGAUUAUAAUUGGGGAUUUGCUGCUUAUUUGUAUCAAAACUGUCUUACACUAGCUAAAGGAUCUCAAUUCUUCAUAUGUUUAAAUAAACGAUUGAAGUAAACAGAA